AUGGAUGGAUGGAUGGUGUCCGCCUUGACGCCUACCAAGCCACUGGCCAACGGCUACUGUGGCAGCAGCAGUCGUCCGUCCUGGCUGGCGCAAGGACAACGUUUAAACUUGCGCAUAUUUAAACUUUUGAUUAGCUGCUGUGCUCUAAUGUGCUGCAUUUAUACAAAUGCCUGGCAAUUGUCCAUGCUGGGCCAACUGGGGGUCAUGGCCGGCAGCAUCAAGGGACGCGGCGAAACGCAUCGCCUCGAUGAGAUUGGUGCCGGCUCUUUGACGCGCUCCUGGCUAACCCAAAGCAAUAAUCAUGCCAACAUCUCUGAGUUGUUGGACAAUUUGCUGCGUGGCUACGAUAAUAGCAUUCGACCGGAUUUCGGUGGUCCACCGGCUACCAUUGAAGUGGACAUAAUGGUGCGUAGCAUGGGUCCAAUAUCAGAAGUGGAUAUGACCUACUCGAUGGACUGUUACUUUCGACAAUCCUGGGUGGAUAAACGACUCGCCUUCGAGGGUGCCCAGGACACGUUGGCGCUGUCAGUGUCAAUGUUGGCGCGCAUUUGGAAGCCGGAUACGUAUUUUUACAAUGGCAAGCAGAGCUAUUUGCACACGAUAACCACUCCCAACAAGUUUGUGCGCAUCUAUCAGAACGGUCGUGUACUCUACUCCAGCCGUCUGACUAUUAAAGCGGGCUGUCCCAUGAAUCUCGCGGAUUUUCCCAUGGACAUACAGAAAUGUCCGCUCAAGUUUGGCUCAUUUGGCUAUACUACGUCGGAUGUCAUUUAUCGCUGGAACAAAGAGCGUCCGGCAGUUGCCAUUGCGGAGGACAUGAAAUUGUCACAGUUCGAUUUGGUCGAUUGUCCGGCGGGUAAUUUGACGGACAUUGUUUACAAGGCAGCGGCACCGAUGCCGCAGAACUACAAUAACAAGGACACGCUGUCAACCAAACAGCCACCCAACAGCAGCAACAACAACAAAGUGCUGACAACUUUCGCUGGGCCGGGUGCCAAAAAUCAACAUGUCCGUGGCACUGGCUUAAAGCUAGACAAAGGCGCGUUUGGCUCGGGUCGCGGCAUUGCCGGUGGCGGCGGUCUCGUCACGAAUCUGGCCGGGAGCAUCAGCCUGGAAACACAUCAUCCAUCGGAGUACUCCAUGUUGAUGGUUAAUUUCCAUCUGCAGCGCCACAUGGGCAACUUUCUGAUUCAGGUCUAUGGACCGUGCUGCCUGCUCGUGGUGCUCAGCUGGGUAUCCUUUUGGCUGAAUCGCGAGGCAACUGCGGAUCGCGUUUCGCUGGGCAUUACCACGGUGUUGACGAUGACUUUUCUGGGUCUAGAGGCGCGCACGGAUCUGCCCAAGGUGUCGUAUCCCACCGCUUUGGAUUUCUUUGUCUUCCUCUCAUUUGGAUUCAUCUUUGCUACCAUACUGCAGUUCGCAGUGGUGCAUUACUUUACCAAAUAUGGCUCGGGCGAGUGUUACUUCAUUAUCGAGGAGCUCGACUCGGAUUCGGCCGAGUCUGAAACGGAUGUGGACGCCAGUGGCCAGUCGGAUUUUCGUGGCAGCAGCGAGUCCAAGAUCUAUGAGGUCAUACCGCUGUCCAUGUGCGCCAUAAGCAUGCCAACAUCUGGCGGCAAUCGCUUAGGCAUGCUGCACUCCAGACGCACCACGCGCAAUCGCCGCCAUGGACUGAGGCGCUUCAGUUUCUGGCGCUGCUUGGACUGGCUAAGCUGCCGGCGACAGCGACGUCAACCUCGCAAAGCCACCUGCUCCGAUGAGGAGGAGGAGGAUGAUGAACAGACUCAGCUACGAGCCGAUGAGGCGCCCUGCACUUCAGCAGCUGCAGCAGCGGCGGCCGCAGCAGCAGCCGCUGCCCAAAGCUCGCCGCCACCUGUGGGACGCCGACGCAUGUCCUUCUACAGACGCGAAGAGCUGGAGGCGAGACGCAAGGGCAAACGCACGCCACAAUACAAUUCGGUGUCGAAAAUAGAUCGUGCCUCGAGGAUCGUAUUCCCACUGCUGUUCUUUCUGAUCAAUGUGUUCUACUGGUAUGGCUACCUGUCGCGCAGCUCACGCAUAUUGGCCAACACGCAGGCGAGCACCUGAUGUUACCUUUUAGCAAUUUAGACACAGUCCUCAAAAGAAAUCAGCGUUCCACAGAGGAAGAGCAGCGGCAAUGGCAAGGUGUUACAAUAUGGUAUAAAGGAUAUAUGAAAAAUAUGAAUUUCGGCUUCAGUUAUUUGCUCUUAGC